CAGUAACAGUAAUUGUAGUACAAUCAGUCCAAUCAGUUACUACGCUAAGGUAAUGUCUUGAAUCGAAAUAUCGGUGUUCAUUUUCUAGCAAUUUUACAUGUAGUGUCAUAAAUAAGUGUAGUGUCGUUUUAAUCACAUCGAAUAAAAUCCGUCCUCAUAGAAAGGCAUACGUUAUGUCUGGGGAUCGGUGAAAGUGUUUUGUGAUACAUCUCAGUGCUGUGGGCGAGGAUGGGCGUGGGCCUGCAACCGCUGGAGUUCACCGAGUGCCUGGCAGACAGCCCGCACUUCCGAGAGAACCUACAGCGUCAUGAGAAGGAGCUGGAGCGGACCAGCCAGCAGAUCAAACGUCUCAUCAAGGAGGUCAAGGAUGUCGUGCAAGCCGCCAAACGUCUGGGUGCGGCUCAGCUGGCUUUGGCGGCCAGUAUGGAGCAGUUCGAGUUCGCGUGCAUCGGAGCCUCUAUGACUGAAGAUGAGAGGGUCAUCGGAAGAUCUUUGCACCACUUCGCUAACCUCAUCAGAACUAUAGAGGAUGAAAGAGAUAGAAUGCUGGGUCGAGCACACGAGCAAAUUAUACAGCCUCUGGAGAAGUUCAGGAAGGAACAUAUUGGUGCUGUUAAGGAAGGCAAGAAGAAGUUUGACAAAAAGACUGCAAAAUUCUGUCAGAGUCAAGAGCGCACUUUGUCGCUAUCAACCAAAAAACCAGAAGCUGUCUUCCAAGAAGCCGAUGCGGCGAUGGAUAUGGCGGAGCGCGACUUCUGCCAGGCAUCCCUGGAGUACGUGUUCCAGUUGCAGGCCGUCCAGGAGAGGAAGAAGUUCGAGCUGGUCGAGACGCUGCUGGGGUUCGUGUUCGGCUGGUGGACCUUCCAUCACACGGCGCAUGACGUGCACGCUGACGCCGAGCCGCUCGUCAGAGACCUGCAGCUCCGGAUACAGAGGACGAGAAGUAACUUUGAAGAGACCAGCAAACAGACGGAGUCGCUGAUGAAAAAGAUGAUGGAGGUCAGGCAGAUGCACAAAGAAGACGAAGGCAUGGAGGAUGGUGCUGUUUCCAAAGCAGGGUACCUGUUCCUGAUGGAGAAAAAGGCGUUCGGUACUACGUGGAGCAAACAGUACUGCACAUAUGAGAAGAUGACGAGCACACUCACACUGAUGCCAUACAACCAGAUUAAUGUAAAGACGGCUGGUCCCGUGGAGAGUGUGGUGGUGGUGGGAGCGCGGCCCGUCACGGAUGCCGAGAGGAGGUUCUGCUGGGAGGCUCUGGUGGAGGAGAAGCCUCCGCUGGCGCUGCAGGCCGCCGCCGACAGGGAGCGCGCCGCCUGGAUCAGGACGCUCAGGCGGGCCGGCGCUCCGCACACGGACACGCCCGCGCCCAGGGCCAGCGACGGCGAGCUCUGGCCGCUCGACGACGCCGGCUUCGAGUUCGUCAGGAGGCUGGCGACUGAGCUCGAGGCCCGGGGGCUCGACGACCAGGGACUGUACCGGGUGGCUGGCGUGUCGUCCAAGGUGUCUCGUCUGGUGGCCCUGGGUCGCUCGGGGCGCUUGCCCCCGUCGCUGGAGUCGUUCGAGUCCCGCACGCUCACGUCCGCCCUCAAGAGCUACCUCCGAGCGCUGCCCGACCCUCUGCUCACGCGACGCCUCCACGACGACUUCCUCGCCGCCGCCAAAUGCGAGCGUUCCUCGGAGCGCGUGUCCCGCCUGUACUCGCUGGUGCGCGCGCUGCCGCCCGCCAACCGCGCCAUGCUGCAGCUGGUGCUGGCCCACCUGGAGCGCGUGGCGGCCAGGAGUGACGUCAACCUGAUGACGUCAUCCAACCUCGCCGUGUGCUUCGGGCCGACGCUGUUGAGAGCGGAGCGGGAAACCGUGGCCUCCAUACUGGAGCUGAAGUUCUACAACGUGCUGGUGGAGGCGCUGCUCGACAAUAUAUCCGCGGUGUUCGCGCCUCUCCCGCCCGCCGCUGUGCCGCCCGUUGAAAACCACAACGGUAUCGCUGGAACAUCUCCGUCUUCGAUACCUCUCGCAUCUCGCAAUGAUAUUAGUGUGUGUGACCGCUCCCUGGUGACGUGUGGGGGUUCGAGUGUGUCAGACGUGGGUGUCUCUGGAGCCGCGGUAGGGAACUACUCCCCGCAUCACCACCAACUGUUGCAGCACUUCUCGAACGCACACACACGUGUUGGUCGUUGUAGCAGCAGUUCGGAGUCGGUGUCGAGUCACAGCGCCUCCCCCCCACCCCGCGCCCCGCUCACACACAGCAUACACAACCCUUCGCUCGCCUUCCCGCCGAGGACCGCGCGUGUGCGGACCUUGUACGCGUGUCUGGGCGAGAGCGAGGGCGAGCUGUCCUUUGAACCGAACCAGAUCAUAACGAACGUGUCUCCGUCCGCCGAGCCCGGCUGGCUGAGGGGCUCGCUCAACGGGAAGAGCGGCCUCGUGCCGCAGAACUAUGUGGAGCCCCUGCCUUAGCGAGGCUUCUGCGACAGAAAAUGGCCUUUGAUUAGCGCCACUGAACGGAACUAGCUCAAUCAGUGUGCGGAAUUCCGCCCGCGCGGCAAACGAGUGGAUUGUCAGUAGCGGAUAUAGGAAGCGGAUUUCCACCAGCGACUGUGAGGCUGCCAAGGAGUGCUGCAGUUGGUGCAGGUCCAGCUGCCUGAUGUCCUGGUCCGACCACGCGCCGCCCGCAGCCGCCGCCACUCGCCUAUACCAAAUACCAUAUCAAUGUAGUCGUAAUUUGUUGAUUCUUCUGUAACUCUUUGUAUAUUUUGUACAUUGUAAAUAAAGACUUGUUGCUAUUUUAACUAUUUAUAAUAUAUUAUACUUGUUGUGAAUUUUGUACCAAAUACGUUUAGUGUAUGCGGACUCGCGUCGUAGGUUAAACAAUAUAAAGUACUAAUAA